CUGCAUGAGCACAAACAACGACGAUGUCGAGCAAAAGAAGCGCAGCCAGGCCAUCGACCGCAAGCUCGAAGAGGACUCGCGCAGGUUACGGCGAGAAUGCAAGAUCCUGCUGCUGGGUUCCGGCGAGAGCGGCAAGUCGACCAUUGUCAAGCAAAUGAAGAUUAUACACCAAAACGGCUACACGCAGGAGGAGCUUGCCAUGUACCGCCUGACCAUUUACAAGAACGUCAUCGACUGUGCAAAGGCUCUUAUUGGCGCCAUGCGGCAAUUCGACAUUACCUGCGAGAAUCCAGGCAAUGCCGAGCUAUGCGACUAUCUGGCCAACUACACCGUCGACCCAGACCCGGAAAAGCCACUGGAUCAAAGAGUGGGCCAGGCCAUCACAUCCAUGUGGCGCGACCCUUGCAUACCAAAGGUCCUGGAGCACUCGAGCGAAUUCUACCUGAUGGAUUCUGCGCCCUACUUCUUCGACGAGGUGGAACGGAUAUCGGACCCAAACUACGUGCCCAUCGAAUCCGACGUCCUACGAGCGCGCACCAAGACAACGGGCAUUUAUGAAACACGAUUCACAAUGGGCCAGCUAAGCAUCCAUAUGUUUGAUGUUGGAGGCCAACGGAGCGAACGCAAGAAAUGGAUACAUUGUUUUGAGAACGUCACGUCCAUUAUUUUCUGCGUAGCCUUGAGCGAAUACGAUCAGGUGUUGCUGGAAGAGAGCUCACAAAAUCGAAUGAUGGAGAGUUUAGUGCUUUUUGACUCGGUAGUCAACAGUCGAUGGUUUAUGCGAACAAGUAUCAUUCUCUUCCUAAACAAGGUCGACUUGUUCAAGGCCAAGCUUGCACGAUCACCGCUCGGCAACUAUUUCCCAGAUUACUCGGGCGGCAACGACGUCAACCGUGCCGCUAAAUAUCUCUUGUGGAGAUUUAAUCAGGUAAACCGGGCACACCUGAACCUAUAUCCUCACCUUACGCAAGCCACUGAUACAUCAAACAUCCGACUCGUCUUCGCCGCCGUCAAAGAGACAAUACUACAAAAUGCCCUCAAAGACUCGGGCAUAUUGUGA